CGAAAGGAGAGACAAGAAACCUCAGACAUUCCCCCGAAACCUUUUUUGGACCUGACGCAAACAAGUGACCAAGGCCAUCAUUCCGACCACCAAACACAGAAAAAUACUUGACCAGUACGACGGCUGCCUUUUGUUAUUUUGCGAGCCAUCUCAUUUCCUCAACAUCAUCUAACCUCCGACCCCAAUAGACGACCUCCAGAAGAGCGACAAGAACAACAGAGCAUCCAUUCCCUCCAUCUCUACAACCCGCCAUUGAGGACUAGAGCUACGAUACAGGCCACCAAGCUCGUCCGAGCCUUCCUCCCGCCUCGUCCAAACCCGACAAACAAUCCCAUCCCCCGCUCAUCGCCAAUCUUCGAAAACAAAACUCUCUUCUCUACACAACUUCCCGCCUCAAACAAACCACAACAACACAUACCCUUCACACACAAUGGCGCCUCCCGCCGAAAUCUCCAUCCCCUCAACCAUCCUCUCGACCGGCGAAUCGAAACCCUACACCCUCUACAACAUCACCCUCCGCCUGCCUCUCAAAUCCUUCGUCGUCCAAAAGCGCUACUCCGACUUUGCAACCCUCCACCAGACCCUCACCUCCCUCGUCGGCGCCGCGCCCCCCAACCCCCUCCCGGGCAAGUCCUGGUUCAAAUCCACAGUCUCCUCCCCGGACCUCACAGAACAACGCCGAAAGGGCCUCGAAUCCUACCUCCGCGCCAUCGCAGAGUCCCCCGACCGCCGCUGGCGCGACACCUCGGCCUGGCGCACCUUUCUCAACCUCCCCAGCACGGGCGUCGGCAGCACAGGCAACUCCGCCGCCAGCGCCCACGGCCUCAUCACCAGCGGUCGCGCCGGCGCCGCCGACCCGACGACCUGGCUCGACCUGCACCGCGAGAUGAAGAGCUGUCUCCACGACGCGCGGAAUCAGCUCGCGAGAAGGGACGGCGCCGUGGAUAGCAACAACACCUCUGCCGCCGCCGAGGCCGGGGCCGCUGCCAAGAAGGCGCUGGUCAAGGCUAAUACGCUGGUGAGCACCCUCGCGGAUGGGUUGAGAGCCAUGCAGGAGGGCGGACGGCUCGGAGACGGUGAAUUGCGGCGCAGGAGGGACUUGCUCUCCUCCGCUCGCGUCGAAAGGGAAGGGCUCGACAAACUCAGCAACAGCAUGGCGCAAGGAAACAGCAGAAACGGCGGCGGCGGACCCGGCGGACGGGAAGGGUGGGCCGCGGCGGGCGACAAGGCCGCAUUAUUGGGGAGGAGUGGCGGCGGCGGUGGGGCGAGAACCGGCGGACGGGUCCUGGGUGCCCCGCUGCCAGAGACGGAGCGGACGCGGGAGCUGGACAACAACGGGGUCGUGCAGCUGCAGCGGCAGAUGAUGAGCGAGCAGGACGAGCAGGUGAAUACCCUGGCGGCGAUUGUGCGGCGGCAAAAGGAGAUUGGGCUGCAGAUCAACGAGGAGGUGACGGAGCAGACCAAGAUGCUGGACCGGCUGAACGAGGACGCUGAUCGGGUUGGGGGCAAGAUUGAUGUCGCCAAGAAGCGGAUCAAGAAGUUUUGACGCGGGUCGCUGUCAGAGGAGGGGGUUGAGGAAGUAGGGACGGUGAUUGUGACGGGUACGGCGCCUCGGCCUACAGCGGCACCGCCGUUGGUUGUCGCGGGCGGUUUCGCUGCCCGGUCCGUGGUCGCUGUCCUCGGUGUCGUGGUGUGGUUUCUUUGGGUCGGCGGGCGGGUAUUGGAUUCUUUUGCGUGGUGCCUGGAGUUUGGGUCCGUCUUGUUGGUCGCGCGGGCUCGUCGAUGAAAUUCAUCUUUACCAUACCCUUCGUUCGGUGUGAGGGAUGGUUUUUCUUGCCGCGACAGUACAACGACGUUUUACGUACGCGAGUACGAUGGAGGGCUUCUUUUUUUCUCGACAAUUUUACAUACUUUGCAACAAUAGCGAUUUCAACUCAUUUUUAUCUCUGAUCAAUUCCUCCAAGCUUUGCUCUCUGUUGUUUGUUUUUGCAAGUUGAGAUUGGAAAUACCAGUGUAUCUUGCCUUAUGGUAGUUCUAGCUUGGGAGUUUAAUUUCUAUCUAGAUUGAUGCUUACUCAUUCAUGAUUACAUUGUCCACCC